AUGUCACAACGUUAUUUGAUGCAGUGGCAUGAGUUUUGGACGGCUUUACUGCCGGAUGAACCCAGUAGUGAUAGUGAUUCAAAUUCAUUUAAUUAUGCUAAUACGGAUAAACUCGAUUUAGAAUCAAAAUUAUUCUAUUUGAUCAAUACUGAAGUUCAGUUGAGUCAAAUCUUAAAACCGAAUACACCAUUUACUGUUGUAACAGGUGAUCCUGAAUGGUUUGGGUCAUCGGUUCCACAUGAAAUUAUUCGAGUAUUUCUUAAAUUGUGUGACAUGCCAGAGGUGUGGUGCAAGGUUUUUGAUCGUUUUCUGAAGCAACCCGUCUAUUAUAAAUCUAAUGAAAAUAUUCGUCAACAUUGA